GGAAUUGUGGAUAGGUGUGAACACCCACACGUACCGAUAACAUGAAGGUCUUCAUUUUUCUGGUUUUGGUGUCCAUUGCGAAAGCUUCUGCAGUGAGGAAGGACCCGAUGGAGAAUGAAGGUCUAUUUGAAGGUGACAUUAUGGGAAUCGACCCGAAUAUGGACAGAAAUGCUAUCCCAAGAGACGUUAACAGAUGGCCAAAUGCGAAUGUCCCUUACGUAGUAGACGAAGAACUAUAUCCCAUCUGGAAUUUGUUGAUGAGAGCCAUGCGUCACAUCGAAGAACGAUCUUGUAUCCGAUUUUUUCCCAAGGAACCUCAUCACAAAGAUUAUAUCAGAAUAGUUCAAGCAAAUGGAUGCUGGUCGUUCUGGGGAAGACAAGGCACAGGAGAGCAGAAAGUGUCUUUAGGCCUUGGUUGCCAUUAUUUUGGAACAAUCGUACACGAGCUUCUUCAUGCCAUUGGAUUUGAACACGAGCACAACAGAUCUGACAGAGAUGAUAAUUUAACCAUCAAUUGGGAGAACAUAGAGAAGCAGUGGUAUUAUGCCUUCAGGAAGCUAUUACCUACGCAGAAUCGACUUCUGACACCUUUCGAUUAUAAUUCUAUCAUGCUGUAUGGUGAGACGGCUUUUUCCAAAGACUGGAAUCUGAAGACAAUCGUUGCAAAAGAUGGCAGAUACUUACCAGCAAAUGCUGAUAAGAAAGGAAUGUCCGAAUCAGAUGCUCAAAGGAUUAGACUUCUCUACGAAUGUAGAAGCAAAUAAAGGUUAUCAAGUUAC